AAAAAUGGCCAAGUGGGCUGGGAGUUGCAGCGUAGCCUUGCGCCAUUAGGCGAGGUCAUUGCGCUCGACUUGCAAAGUCAGCCCUUAUGUGGCGAUUUGUCUGAUUUAGCUGGUCUAGCGCAGACUAUUCGUACCGUUGCGCCAGAUGUGAUUGUAAAUGCGGCCGCGCAUACGGCAGUAGAUAAAGCUGAAAGUGAGCCAGAAUAUGCACAUACAUUAAAUGCUUCGGCGGUUGAAGUCAUGGCAAAAGAAGCUAAACGCUUAGAUGCUUGGCUGGUGCAUUACUCCACCGAUUAUGUAUUUGAUGGCACUGGUAAUCAGCCACGGCAAGAAACAGAUGCAACAGCACCUUUAAGUGUUUAUGGUAAAAGCAAAUUAGCGGGGGAGGCUACGAUUCUUGCUUCUGGUUGCAAGCAUUUAAUCUUUCGCACUAGUUGGGUGUAUGGUGCGCGCGGUAAUAACUUUGCUAAAACCAUGCUCAAGCUUGCUAAAGAACGUGAAGUACUUAAGGUGAUUAAUGACCAAAUCGGUGCGCCUACUGGGGCAGAUUUAUUGGCUGAUGUGACCGCACAUGCGAUUAGAACAGCUUUGCAAAACGAAAAAGUCAGUGGCUUAUAUCAUUUAGUGGCAGGUGGUGAGACGUCUUGGCAUGGCUAUGCAAAAUUUGUGAUUGAAUAUGCGAGGCAAGCUGGCGUAGAUAUCAAAGUAGCAUCAGAAGCCAUAGAGGCUGUGCCAACUACAUCUUUUCCCACACCAGCUUCACGGCCUUUAAAUUCACGUUUAAAUACACAAAAAUUGCAAAGUACGUUUGGUCUGCGCUUACCAGAUUGGCAAAGUGGCGUGACGCGUGGCUCGGGUACGCGCUUACACCCAGUCACGCGAGUGGUUUCAAAACAGCUCUUGCCUAUCUACGACAAACCGAUGAUUUACUACCCGCUAAGCACACUGAUGCUUGGGGGUAUCAAAGACAUUUUAAUUAUCUCAACGCCACAAGAUACGCCGCGUUUUCAGCAAUUAUUAGGUGAUGGCAGUGAUUGGGGUUUGAACUUGCAGUAUGCCGUGCAGCCCAGCCCAGAUGGUUUGGCGCAAGCUUUUAUUAUCGGCAAAGAUUUUAUUGGCAAUGACCCUAGCGCAUUAGUGUUGGGCGAUAAUAUUUUUUACGGCCACGAUUUACAUAAGCAGCUAGAACAAGCCGCGUUGCAAAAAACAGGCGCAACAGUAUUUGCUUAUCAUGUGAAUGACCCAGAGCGUUAUGGUGUAGUGGAUUUUGACAAACAAGGCAAGGCCACCAGUUUAGAAGAAAAGCCUGCAAAGCCAAAAAGCAAUUAUGCGGUGACAGGUUUAUAUUUCUAUGAUAAUCAAGUGAUUGAUAUGGCGGCUAACUUGAAGCCUUCGCCACGUGGGGAAUUGGAAAUCACUGAUUUAAAUCGUAUUUAUCUUGAACAAAAACAACUGAAUGUUGAAAUUAUGGGGCGAGGUUAUGCAUGGUUAGAUACGGGCACACACGAAAGUUUAAUUGAGGCCAGUAACUUUAUACAAACAAUCGAGCAUCGCCAAGGUUUAAAGGUCUGUUGCCCUGAAGAAAUUGCUUACCGCAAAGGUUUGAUUAACGCUGAACAGUUGGAAAAAUUAGCCCAGCCUUUAGCUAAAAACGGCUAUGGGCAAUAUCUGAUGCGUUUACUUAAAGAAGUUAUUAUUGUCGAACCCAAAGUGUUUGGUGAUGACCGCGGCUUUUUCUUUGAGAGCUUUAGUCAAAAGCUGUUUGAAGAAGCCAUUGGCAGAAGUGUUCAGUUUGUACAAGAUAACCACAGCAAAUCGGCCAAAAAUGUAUUACGCGGCUUGCACUAUCAAAUUCAGCAACCACAAGGUAAAUUGGUACGCGUCACACAAGGUGCCGUGCUUGAUGUGGCAGUGGAUAUUCGCAAAAGCUCACCCACUUUUGGUCAGCAUGUGGCUUGCGAGCUUUCUGCUGAAAAUAAACGCCAAAUGUGGGUGCCAGAAGGCUUUGCGCAUGGCUUUUUAGUGCUGAGCGACACGGCUGAAUUUUUAUAUAAAACAACAGACUACUACGCACCCGCCCAUGAGCGCAGCAUUAUUUGGAAUGACCCAACGAUUGCUAUUCAAUGGCCUAGCACAUCAACCCCUUUAUUAUCUGGUAAAGACAGCCAGGCCAAAUUAUUGGCAGAUGCUGACCAUUUUGCA